UUCCGUAGCCGCUUUCAGUACAGUAAUGGCUUUCGAAGCAGUUUGAAGCAUUUUUCUGUGCAGCGUGUUUUGGUCCCGGUGUUCGCGUUUUGCGCUUUUCGGUCCCCGCUCUCUCUCACGGCUUUCGGCCUUUUAGUUUUGGUUUCUCGCGAUUUCGUCGUCGCAAGUUGCGUUUUGUUUUCGCGGCCGACUUUGAUCAGUGCUUAUAAACUAGUGCCGCGCGACUUGACAAAGCCUACUCCUCAUUUUUUUGGGGUGUUUCGGAAUCCGGCUUUUGAUUUCGCGAAUCGAGUGUUUUGAAAGAGUGCCGAGGAUUGUGCGAAGGAAAAUAGUGACUAGAUGCAAAAAGGAUAACGAUUUGGCGAUACAGCUGAAAACUCAAGGAUAUACAAAGAGCUUGGGCGGAAGAAUAAAGCAUUUUCGUGAAUUCGUGAAAUUCUAAGGAGCGUUCAUAUUCAAAAAAAGAUUUUAGCGGGUAAUUAGAAGACACAGAACUGGCCACGAUCGGCGGUAGUGCGUUAUUGGUUCAAUAGAAGAAAGAAUCCCCCAGUGAAUUAACGCGUUGUGGUGUAAUUGCUAGAAGUGAUUCUGAAUGUGAAAAAUGUGUCGUAAGCUCGUCGUAGCUUCAGGAAAAUUCAUGUGCUAACACACAGUGUGAUAUUCGACACAAAACCGUGAAAACAGCACCAAGAUGGCUCAUUCAAGGCAUUGAGAACCUAGUGUGAGAAGCGUUCAGGAAUAGCAACGGAAGAUUUGUUGAGCUGUUAUAUAUAUUUUAAGAAACCUCUUCGGAAGAAACCCCAUUCGUCUGUAAGGUGUAAAUAGUGUAGCCACUUAAGUUGUUUCGGUGCAUUCUCAAUCGGAAUCAUUCGAAAACAGAAGAAACCCGCGAAACGAUGGAUACGUUGAAUACGACAACGCCCGCCACAGUCCCGUCCGGUAUAGAUUUCGUUCGACUGUUUGCAAACAAACCUGAAGACGUGGUCCCGUCGACUUCCUCGCAGCAACAACAACUGAUUCCGGUGACGGUUUCAGCAAACGGUACUACGACGAUCCCCGCGACGGUUACCUUCGUAAAUCACUCGGGUACGGUUGCGCUGGCCACGGUGGCCGCGGCUGCAGCCGCUGCGGCAGCUUCCGGUUCUGCCGCCGCCGGUUCGUCAUCGUCCGCUUCGAGUCUCGCACUGCUCGGGGCCGCUUCUGCCGCCCAGAACGGUCCCACCAACAAGAAGUGUCCGUAUCAUCGACAGUGCUAUCGGAACCACCAUCACCACCAACAGCAGCAGCAGAUGCAGCAGCAACAAAGUGCCAGAGGUGGUCGAACGGUGAGCGUUGCCAGUGGAGCCGGUUCUACGGCUCUGUAUCCUCAGAGGGACGCCAUCUCGACUAACGUGGCGCCACCGUUGAACGCUGCCGUCUUGGCGGAUCGCUAUCUGCUGCUGGACAGCGUCGAGGGCAGCUCGCUCUACCGCUGCGUCGACAUCAAAACUCAGGAAGAGCUGGUUUGCAAGAUUGCCAACAAUCCGUGCUCAAACCUACUGACUGCCCACUUCCGUCUGGAUGGUCACCCACACGUGAACUGUCUGCACAAAGUGAUUCCGGGAAACAACCAGACGUAUCUGUUUUUUGCACCGUCGCAGGGUGAUCUCCAUUCGCAUGUCCGCGUCCGGAAGCGACUCCGCGAGCCGGAAGCUCGCCGGCUGUUCCGUCAGAUGUGCGAAGUGGUCAAAACGUGCCACGAGCAGGGCAUCGUACUGCGUGAUCUCAAGCUGCGAAAGUUCGUGUUCGCCGACAGUGAAAGAAGUCACCUCAAGCUGGAAUCCCUAGAGGACGCCGUUGUGCUGGACGACCCCGCCGAAGACCUCCUGCAAGAUAAACGGGGCUGCCCCGCCUACGUGUCGCCGGAAAUCCUGAAAGCGAACACCACCUACUCCGGAAAGGCUGCCGACAUGUGGUCCCUCGGGGUGAUCCUCUACACCAUGCUGGUCGGAAGAUAUCCAUUCAACGACUCCGAGCAUGCAUCGCUAUUCGCCAAGAUCAGCCGCGGUCAGUUCACCGUGCCGGAUUGCCUCUCGUCGAAGGCCCGCUGCAUGAUUCGUGCCCUGCUCCGGCGGGAACCGGAGGAGCGGAUAGCCUCGGAGGACGUCCUGUACCAUCCGUGGCUGCAGCACGACGACACCCGGGAUCAGUUGACCUACGUGAGCAGCAGCAACAGCAGCAGUAGCCGUUCGGGUUCGUCCGGCUCGUCCCAUCAAGCGGACGACCAAUGCGUUCCGGAGUGGGUCGAUCCCAUCAGUAGCGAGGACGAUGCCGUGUACAGGGCGGGGGGACGGUUCGGAACGGACGCCAGCCGUUUCGAGGAUGCCGAGGUUGUCUAAGGGCUGUGAAAGUUGCGCGAUUUCUUCGCGUACAAUGUCGGCCUUCUUCAGGGGUCGCACGCACUUGUUUUAAGAACGCAAUUACGUUAUCUUUAUUUCUUCAACUGUUUAUUUUUCAGUCUUCUGCUUUUUUGGCACAGAAGUUCGAUUAGUUUUUAGGUUUUUUUUUUCUUUCGAAUUAAGGAGCAUUGAGUUUUAUUUAUUAAUUUUUAGAAAAUCGCCAAAACAGGGGAAGCUCUCGCGUUGAUCCUCGCGAAUUAUUUUUAUUUGCAGAGAAUUUGUGGAUAUUUUCGUUUUUUUUCUCGUUCUGAAACAAAGAAAUGCCACUGGUCAUAGCUAGUUCAAAGUAAGUGACAACCGGUGAGCGAUGAUCUCAGCUGGUUUCGAAAAGAGCAAAAAGUUUUUCUCCCCAUUAUUGUCCAUUGUCCAUGAUCGUACAAAUCUCGCGACCGAUUGCGACUCGAAGAAUGAUCAGGCUUUUUCACUGAUCAAUUUUACAAACCGGAAACGUGAAAGGUGGUUUUGUUAAAGAAAUUUCUCUGUGAUAAUUGUUUUUCAUACUGAAUUUUGGAACAAAAUUACCAUGAAAUACAUCAUAGAGGGAUUCGUUAUCACGACUGUUGAAUCGCAAAGCAAAACGAAACCGGUAGAGCCUAACACAAUGCUAUAGGAAGCUUCCAAAAACUGCUUCUGCGCUUUCUUUCAAUACUAUUUUCAGUGCAAUUUUAACUCUUUCAUCCCUACUCUGGUACUAACGAAAUUGUACUCUUUAAUUCAUUAAUCUAAGCCCUUUCCUUCGUUUAAUUCUUCAUUUUCUUGUGUUAACGAUUGAACUGCACCGCAAAUGGAAUUCAGUAAAUUUAAUAACUUAUUUUAAAUAACAUCCUUAUAGAGCAUAACGCAACAGACUGAAACCUACGAAACGUUUUAAGUUUUUUUUACAUAUGAUAGAAUCGUUUUUAUGAGAGAAUAAACAAUAGAAUCACACAAUACACAAACAAAAAUUAUCGAUUUCAAAUUUCCUAUCUGGGUCCUUUUAACUAAUUUCCCCGUUGCCUUUAAAAUCCUGUACCAGGAUAACUGGCAACUUCGUCAAAGAAGAGCUAACUUCUAAAACAGUAAAUCACUUUCCUCUGAUUUACAUCUUUACUAUUGAACUGACGAUCGAACGAGUUACCAGUCUUCCUGAGUACAAAAUCUUCGCUCUAAUACAGAAAAAAAUAAACGAAAAACCUCGACCUCACAAAACUGCAGCAAACAGGACAGAAAAUUUGUGAUAGAAACGAAAACGGUCGUCUCCUUUUUUUAGGCCUCACCAUAUUAGACACCUUCGAGUGAAAGCUGUGUACAUAUAGAGAGUUACUACCUAUAUACGGAAAAGAGGAUAUACUAGGUGGGAUCUCGUGCCCCGAAUCCCCUUUUCCAAACUAAAGUUAAAAAUUUGUGAUGUAACAAAGAGAAUUAUUUUUAAAGUUUCUUUUAUUUUCCAAGAUUAUUUUUUUCUUUUUCAACUUCCUAUUACAUAAUAGCAAGCCAAUCAAAUCUUCCGUUCGAAAUCCUGAAUUCUUCCUAAAUAAGUAGAUUUUAAUGCGUAGUAUAGAUAGAGUUUUAUUGAGUAAAAAAGUGUGCCCGCUAAAUUUCGCCCCAGAAGCGCGGAGGGAACAAACGAAAAAAACGCGUAAUGACUAGAUUUAGCAGGUGCCCGUGGUAUUUGAUUAGAUGGAAUGAAUGAUAAGGUGAAUCAAUAGAUAGAUAGAACAUACACACAAACUAAAUUAACGUAAUUAGCAAUUGUGAAUGUGAAGGAGAAUAAACUUAAUUCGUUAACAAUAUUA